AUGGAAGGUAGGAGUGGGGAGAGCCAUUGUCAUGAUCACCCAGGACCUCAUCUUCUACUCCACAACCAGUCUGUAAGUGUCUCUGUCAAGAUGGAAGUUACCUCCACCAGCAGAAAGAUAAGGAAACCACUGAUGGAGAAGAAGAGAAGAGCGAGAAUCAACGACAGUCUCAAUGAGCUGCGUAGGCUAUUGGCUGAGUAUUCUACUCAGGAAAGUGAAAAGGCUAAGGCUGCAAAACUUGAAAAAGCAGACAUUUUAGAACUAGCAGUAAAGCAUGUCCAGUACCUUCACGACAGACUUGGGCUGAGCGGACAGAAAGAGAACAAGCGAGAUGGAACUGAAGAGAGAGAUCCCCACGAAAACGAGACCAAGAGGACAGUUCUGCGGGAGAGUGUAAGGCUGACGAGACUUCCUAGUGGGGAGGUUGCACUGAUCAUCUCUACAAGACCUUCCCCACACCUCCAAACACAACCUUCACAACCCAGACUCAUGUGGCGACCCUGGUGACUCACAGAUUUCAUGUAUAGACCUUCAAGACAUUGUGAGGCUGGCCAGACUUCCUAGUGGAGAAGUUGCCCUGAAAAUCUCUACAA